AUGGCCUCUGAGUCUCCGUCGAGACAUUGUGGUGGCAAGUUGGUUCUCAAGGUUCCUGAUAACAAAGAGUGUCUCAAGUUCAAGACAGACCAUGCACAAGAAGCAAAGAAGAUGGAGAAACUUAAUAACAUAUUCUUCACCCUCAUGGCCAGAGGACCUGAUGUUGAUCUUUCUAAAGUGAACGGGAAAGAACAGAUGGAGACACAGCCUGCGAAGAAAGGAAGAGGAAGGAAGCAAUAAGUCCCAUGAUUCUCCUUUUCUUUCUUUCUUUUUUGGCAUCAAGAUUUUGAUCCAUUGUAGCGAGUUAUUUUGAGACGGGGAUACUGAUGAUAGGAUGAUCAAAUAUUUGUUCUAAUUUAAGCUGACAUUAUGUCUGAAAAUAGAAAUUUUAUGGAAAAUGCUAAUCAUGUAAUCUUAUCAUCCAAGCUUUCUGUCCUCUAAGUAAAAUGGC